AAAAAAUGCACUACUGUCUGCUGAGCGCUUUUCUGAUCCUGCAUCUGGUCACGGUCGCGCUCAGCCUGUCUACCUGCAGCACACUCGAUAUGGACCAGUUUAUGCGCAAGAGGAUCGAGGCGAUCCGCGGGCAGAUCCUGAGCAAGCUGAAGCUCACCAGCCCUCCUGAAGACUACCCUGAGCCCGAGGAGGUCCCCCCGGAGGUGAUUUCCAUCUACAACAGCACUAGGGACUUGCUCCAGGAGAAAGCGAGCCGAAGGGCGGCCGCCUGCGAGCGCGAGAGAAGCGACGAGGAGUACUACGCCAAGGAGGUUUACAAAAUAGACAUGCCGUCCUUCUUCCCCUCCGAAACUGUCUGCCCAGUUGUUACAACACCCUCUGGCUCAGUGGGCAGCUUGUGCGCCAGACAGUCCCAGGUGCUCUGUGGGUACCUUGAUGCCAUCCCGCCCACUUUCUACAGACCCUACUUCAGAAUUGUCCGGUUUGAUGUGUCAACCUUGGAGAAGAAUGCUUCCAAUUUGGUGAAAGCAGAGUUCAGAGUCUUUCGUUUGCAGAACCCCAAAGCCAGAGUGCCUGAACAACGGAUUGAACUCUAUCAGAUCCUCAAAUCCAAAGAUUUAACAUCUCCAACCCAGCGCUACAUUGACAGCAAAGUCGUGAAAACAAGAGCAGAAGGCGAAUGGCUGUCCUUCGAUGUGACUGAUGCAGUUCAUGAGUGGCUUCACCAUAAAGAUAGGAACCUGGGAUUUAAAAUAAGUUUACAUUGUCCCUGCUGUACCUUUGUACCAUCCAACAAUUACAUCAUACCAAAUAAAAGUGAAGAGCUAGAAGCAAGAUUUGCAGGUAUUGAUGGCACCUCCACAUAUACCAGUGGUGAUCAGAAAACUAUAAAGUCCACUAGGAAAAAAAACAGUGGGAAGACCCCACAUCUCCUGCUAAUGUUAUUGCCCUCCUACAGACUUGAGUCACAACAGUCCAACCGGCGGAAGAAGCGUGCUUUGGAUGCGGCCUAUUGUUUUAGAAAUGUGCAGGAUAAUUGCUGCCUACGUCCACUUUACAUUGAUUUCAAGAGGGAUCUUGGGUGGAAAUGGAUACAUGAACCUAAAGGGUACAAUGCCAACUUCUGUGCUGGAGCGUGCCCAUAUUUAUGGAGUUCAGAUACUCAGCACAGCAGGGUUCUCAGUUUAUAUAACACCAUAAAUCCAGAAGCAUCUGCUUCUCCUUGCUGUGUGUCCCAAGAUUUGGAACCGCUAACCAUUCUCUACUACAUCGGCAAGACACCCAAGAUCGAACAGCUUUCCAAUAUGAUUGUAAAGUCUUGCAAAUGCAGCUAAACUUCUUGGAAAAAUGACAAGGCAGAAAUCAUGAUAACAACAGCAACGACCAUGAUGAUGCUUGUAACAAGAAAACAUAGAGAGCCUUGUUUCAUCAGUGUUAACAGAUUUUGAAAAAGCGGUACUAGUUCAAAUACUUUGGAAGUUUGCGUUCUGUUUGUUAAAACUGGCAUCUGAAAUGAAAAAAGUGAAAGGCCUUAUUCUACAUUUCACCUACUUUGUAAGUGAGAGAGAAGAAGCAAAAUCUUCUUUUUUUUUUUUAAGAAAAAAAUAAACACUGGAAGAAUUUGUUAGUGUUAAUUAUGUGAAAGAAAAAAAAAACCAAAAAACAGGAAAAUCCCAUUAAGUGGAGUUGCUGUACGUACCGUUCCUAUCCCACGCCUCACUUGAUUUUUCUGUAUUGCUAUGCAAUAGGCACCCCUCCCGUUCUUACUCUUAGAGUUAACAGUGAGUUAUUUAUUGUGUGUUACUAUAUAAUGAACGUUUCAUUGCCCUUGGAAAAUAAAACAGGUGUAUAAAGUGGAGACCAAAUGCUUUGCCAGAAACUCAUGGAUGGCUUAAAGAACUUGAAUUCAAACGAGCCAGAAAAAAAUAAGAGGUCAUAUUAACGGGAUGAAAACCCAAGUGAGUUAUUACAUGACCAAGCGAGUCUGCAUUAAGAUAAAGACCCUGAGAACACAUGCCGUGUACCAACUGCCAAAGGAAGCUUCGUGUAAGGUUCAAACACUAAAAAUCCUGUUAAUAAGAACAGAAUGAGUCUGUAAGAUUUUUUUUUUUAAUUUUCCUUUUAAUUGUAAAUGGUUCUUUGUCAGUUUGGCAUACCAGUGAAAUGUUGAAAUGUUUUGACAUGUACUGAUCAAACUUAGGACCUUCGAGUAUUGCUGUAUAGCUAUGCUACAGUUUUUAUUUUUUCUUUGUUUUGGUAUAUGUAACCAGUCCUGUAUUAUUAAAAUAGAUGGGCAUAGAAGCCAGCAUAAUUGAAAACACAUCUGCGGAUCUCGUUUGCAAACUAUUAAAUCAAAACAUUAACUACUUUACGUGUAAUGUGUAAAUUCUUACCAUAUUUUUUAUAUUCUGUAAUAAUGUCAACUAUGAUUUAGAUUGGACUUAAUUUGGGCUCUUUUUAAUGAUCAUUCACAAUUGUAUGUUUCCUUUAGCCGGCCAGUACUUUUGAGUAAAACCCCUAGAUUUUGACUUGCACUAUAAAUACAUUUUUAAAAUAGUAUUUGCUCUACUUGUGCUUUGUGUAUUGUUCAUUUUUAUGACAUAAGCUACCUGGAUCUACUUGUCCUUUUUUUUUCUUUUAUGAAAAGAAUAGAUUUGAGUUCAAGUGGUCUUCCUUCAUCUUCUAAGCAUAAUUCAUAACCAAGUCAGUUAGGAAGCUUCUACUUUAGGAAAAUGGGGAUAUAGUGAACACAUAGAUAAGUGAGGGAAAUGUUUUAGUUUUAAUGAGGGUUUAAAGAUCUGAACUCAGAAUCUUGGACUGAGUUAAGAAAGGGUUCUCUAAUUUGACUUAAUUAGUGUUUUCACAGAAUUUUAUUAUUACUUUAAAGAGGGCAAUUCGAAGAGAACUUCUUUUCCUUUAAAGUGAGAUUUUUAGUGUUAACGGGAAAUUGAAAAAAAUAGACAUUUUAUUUGGUUUUUCAAAAGAGGGAAGAGUCCAGGUCAGCAUUAGUCAUUUCAUUCAUUUCACUGAAGUUAAGACUUUUAUAGAUGUUCUUUGAAGGUUAGAAAGGCACAAGCCAGUGCCUCCCCUGAUCAAAACAUUCUUUCCUUCCUCUGAAUAAGAGUCACCUAGAGCUGAGGCUAACACUUACUUUGCUUUAAUAACUGAGUUGCAUCAUUGCAGAGGAGGUACCUCGUGUUAGGUUUGUAGGAUAUAUUUGUCACUUAUUCAGGUUUAAGAUAAAAAUGUACAGGUAAAACAAUGGAAUACUUUCAGUUUCACCUAAAGGGCAGCAGAGUGAGGCAUGAAUCCAAAGAGAAGUUGAUUGGUAUGGUGUGCUUCUUUUUUGGAAUUUCUCACCAUGAAUUCAAAUGAAGAAUUGGAUUUUGCAAGUUUGAAAACUGGAAAAGCAAGAGAUGGGAUGCCGCAAAUAGUGAACAAUCCUUGUAUUGGGUGGAACCCAAUCCCAGAUUUGACUGUGUGUAAUUUUUUUUCCUCUUCCACUUUUCUAUUAAUUCUGUGUAAAUCACUUUUAUUUCUGCAGGUAUCUUCCUCUCAGAUAAAACAACAUUUUGUUUUGUAUUAUUUUGUCUUUCCUUAUGAAUGCACUGAUAAUAUUUUAAAUGCUCUAUUUUAAGAUCUCUUGAAUCUUUUUUUUUUUAAUUUGGGGGUUCUAUAAGGUCUUGAUUUCCCAUAAGUAAAUAUUGCCGUGGGAGGGGAGGGUGGUGGGAGGGAGUCGUCGGGGAAGUGUUAGUACGUGGGUGGGGACAGCAGUUUGUAUGUGUUAAGCAGCAGUACAAUUUUAUGGUUGGCAUGGUUAAAAAGAUGGAAUAUAAGAAUAGCUGUUUUGUAUUUUGAUGACCAAUUAUGCUGUAUUUUAACACAAUGUAUGUCUGUUCUUUUGUGGUGCUCUAGUGGUAAAUAAAUUAUUUCAAUUAUAUGUUGCUGUGUUUUUCUAUUCUUAGUAACAUCCUUGAGACCAGCAAACACCCGUGAUGCAUGAUGCACUGAGAAUAUUCUCAAGCUGGAAAAGUCAGGUCACUCCUAAAGUUGUCCUUUGUACUUUUUUCUUCUUCUUCUUAAGAAUAUUUGCUUCAGAAAUGUCAUGCUACAGCUCAAGAGCCAGGACAUAUCUAUCAAGGACUGAAGAAAGCCCUGUGCAGUCUUUUUAUUCUCUUAUUUAUUGCUAUUUGGUAAUUGUUUGAGAUUUAGUUUCCAUCCAGCUUGACCGUCUACCAGAAAAAAUGCAGAGAGAUAUUUCCACCAUGAUUUGGCUUUCUGGUUCUAUGUUCUGCCAACCCCAGGGCCAAAAGAACUGGUCUAGACAGUAUCCCCCGUAGCCCCAUAACUUGGAUAGUUGCUGAGCCAGCCAGAUGUAACAAGAGCCACGUGCUCUUUAGAGUUGGUUGUUGGGAGCAGCUUACUCCUCUCUCAGUUUCAUCCGUACCACUGUGCACUCACGUGCGUGUGUUGCAACACACACACACAAAAA